AUGGCUAGCUACUCCAUCUUCUGUAUGGGCAAUCCCCUGCUUGACAUGCAGGUUAUCAAUGGCGAAGAACUCCUCAAAAAGUAUAAUCUGAAGGCAAAUGAUGCCAUCCUCGCCGAGGAUAAGCAUAUGCCCAUAUAUGAGGAGCUUGUUGAGAAGUACAAAGUGACUUAUGUCGCAGGAGGUGCCUCCCAAAACGCAGCCAGAGGCGCGGCCUACAUUCUCCCGCCGGGAUCUGUCGUGUUCACGGGCUGUGUGGGAGAUGAUGAACUUGCUGAGCAGCUCAAGGCUGCAAACAGGCGUGAGGGUCUUGAUGAGGUCUAUUUAGUCAAGAAAGGUGAGAAGACGGGCGCAUGUGCUGUCGUCAUCACGGGCCACCACCGAUGCCUGGUGACCACCCUCCGUGUCGCUGAGAAAUUCGAGAAGGCUCACCUUGCUACACCCGAGGUCGCCCGGUGUAUCGAAAGCGCAAAGCUCUUUUAUGUUGAGGGCUACUUCCUCACACACGGCACCGAGUCCGCGCUCGAGCUUAGUAAAAAGGCAUCCGAAGCCGGCAAGAUUUUCGUCCUGAACCUCUCCGCACCCUUCAUCCCCCAGUUCUUCCAGGUCCAGCUACAGCAGAUCAUGCCCUUCGUCGACAUCCUCAUCGGGAACGAGUCCGAGGCCGAGGCGUGGGCGAGCGGGUCUGGGCACCCUAACCAGAAGGACUACGCCUCCGUUGCGACCGCGAUCGCGACGCUCCCCAAGGCGAACCCCGCGCGUCCUCGCAUCGUCGUUAUCACGCAGGGACCUAAGGCGACGACCGUCGUUUCCUCCGCGGAGGUCGAUACCCCGAAGAUAUUCGACGUCCACCCGCUGCGCGACGACCAGAUUGUUGACACCAACGGCGCGGGCGACGCGUUUGCGGGCGGCUUCAUUGGCGCGUAUGUCUCUGGAAAGAGUCUGGAAGACUGUGUCGAGACUGGACACAAGCUCGGAUCGAUGUGUGUGCAGCAGGUUGGCCCGCAAUACCAGUGGCCGAAGGUCCAAGUUCUGUGA